AUGGCAUUUGCAAACUACAAAAUGAAGGGAUCAAGUUCAAAAGCAGGACCAACAAUUGAUGACGCCAAGAUUUAUAUCCAAGAAAUAAAAGAUGCAUUUAAAGAUGAUAAGGAUAAGUUCAACGAGUUUUCAAAGACUAUGAAAGAUAUCAAAAAUGGAAGGGGUGACUUAGUGUGUAUGCUGGCAAGAGUAAAGGAAUUGUUUGAAGGGCAUAGAGAAUUGUUAUUGAAAUUUAAUGCCUAUUUACCAAAUGAAUUUGCGAUUACACCUCCACCAAGAAAGCCAAAAGUCAAUCUAGAAUAUGCCAGGAAAUAUUUAAUCAAGGUGAAGACUCGAUUUCAAGAUGAUCAAGACGUUUACAAGUCGUUUCUAGCUAUAAUGAAUAUGUAUAGAAAGAAAGAAAAAAGUGGUGAAGAGAUUCAACGAAUGGUUAUUUCACUUUUUAAAGAUCAACCUGAUCUUAUUGACGGGUUUAAUGAGUUUCUUCCUUGA